UCAUCGUCAUACCGCAUAACCAUAACGAAGAGUGGAACGAUCGUACCACGUUCCACGACUCGUUCCCCGGCCGAGCGGAAGGGUCCAAGACGAAGGUCCAAGACGAACAAGGAUCACGACACCACGGUACGAUAAUGGGGAUGGGCGGUGAGGUGGGGGGCACGCAAGAAUUAUCCCUGAAGGAGUCGAAACGGAGAAGAAUGGGGAAAAGAGAAGACACCAAGAAGGAUGGGCACCAAGUUGGUCGGUUGCUCUUGCCGACCCCCACCCUGUAUAUAAGCCUUCUUCUGCCGGCUACGUCUUCAGUCUUUCAGUUCGAACGGCGCACUGCGUGUACGAAUCCGAAGAGAUCAUCAUCUUGCACGGGAUCGAGAUCUUUGGGACGAUGGCUUGCUGAACGGAAGCGGACGGUGGCAGGAUGUUUGGCCGUGUGCGCGCCGCUUUCUUCACCCUGGUAAUUGCCACGUCUUUGUUGCAAUGCACACAGCAGGAAGGAAGUAGGCAAAGUAGAGAUGUAAUACUCAAUAUCAAAGAUGAUCAGAAAAGUCAAUAUUUAAAUCAAGAUUUCUAUUCCAAUGCAUAUAAUUAUGGUUAUCAAGUAAGUCCAAAUGGACAAUUUCAUCAUGAAGUGCGUGGACCGGAUGACAUUACAUAUGGAUGCUAUGGAUAUAUAGAUCCAUACGGAAAAUUAAAAACAACUUUUUACAUUAGUGAUGGCUGGGGAUAUAGAGUCGUUCAACCAGGAAAUUCAGUCGAAUUGUUUCUUCAUGAACACGAACAUCAUCACGAAGAUAAUACAGAACAACAUGAACACAACGAUAAUCACCAUGAUCAUAAAGGUGUAAUUACUGAAUGGAGAGAUCUAUAUUUUCCAGAAAUAUGCAGACAAUUCGAUGGAACAGAUGCUGGACCAAACACUAAACCAAUCCCAGAAGAAACAAGUGAUUCAAGUAAUGCUGGAAUACCUAUACAACCAAGCCAACCAACACCAACGCCGGAAUAUCCUAUUAAACCUGGAUAUCCCCAACAACCUGAACAAUCUCAAAAACCAAAGCCUGGAAAACCAGGACAACCAGAAAAACCAGGAUAUCCAGGAAUACCUGAAACACCUGGAUCACCAUCAAAACCUGGAUACCCUGGCAAACCUGGAACACCGGGACAACCUGCACAUCCUGGAUACCCUAGCCAACCUGGAAUAUCAGGACAACCAGGAUAUCCAACUAUAACUGGAUCACAACCUGGAUAUCCUGGCAAACCUGGAACACCGGGACAAGGAUAUCCAGGCACACCAGGAAUACCUGGAAUACCUGGCACAUCUGGAACACCUGGAACCCCGGAAAUAUCUGGAAAACCUGGCACUCCGCCACAACCUGGAUAUCCUGGACAACCUGGAUCACCUGGAAAACCGGGACAACCAGGGCAUCCUGGAACACCUGGAACUCCGGGAAUACCUGGUAUUCCGCCACAACCUGGAUAUCCUGGGCAACCUGGAAAACCGGGGCAUCCUGGAACACCUGGAACGCCCGGAAUACCUGGAAUACCUGGCACUCCGCCACAACCUGGAUAUCCUGGGCAACCUGGACAACCAGGGCAUCCUGGAACACCUGGAACGCCCGGAAUAUCUGGAAUACCUGGCACUCCGCCACAACCUGGAUAUCCUGGACAACCUGGAUUACCUGGAAAACCGGGACAACCAGGGCAUCCUGGAACACCUGGAACCCCGGGAAUACCAGGUAUUCCGCCACAACCUGCAUAUCCUGGGCAACCUGGACAACCAGGGCAUCCUGGAAUACCUGGAACGCCCGGAAUACCUGGAAUACCUGGCACUCUCCCACAACCUGGAUAUCCUGAGCAACCUGGAUCACCUGGAAAACCAGGACAACCAGGGCAUCCUGGAACACCUGGAACGCCAGGAAUAUCUGGUAUUCCGCCACAACCUGGAUAUCCUGGGCAACCUGGAUCACCUGGGAAACCGGGACAACCAGGGCAUCCUGGAACACCUGGAACGCCAGGAAUAUCUGGUAUUCCGCCACAACCUGGAUAUCCUGGGCAACCUGGACAACCGGGGCAUCCUGGAACACCUGGAACGCCCGGAAUACCUGGAAUACCUGGCACUCCGCCACAACCUGGAUAUCCUGGACAACCUGGACAACCAGGACAUCCUGGAACACCUGGAACACCCGGAAUACCUGGAAUACCUGGCACUACGUUACAACCUGGAUAUCCUGGAAAACCAGGACACCCCGGUCAUCCUGAUACACCUGGAACCCCAGGAAUACCUGGAAUAGUUGGACCUCCAACACAACCUGCAUAUCCUGGCCAAUCUGGAGCACCUGGAAAACCAGGUCAUCCUGGAACACCUGGAACCCCAGGAAUAUCUGGUAUUCCGCCACAACCUGGAUAUCCUGGGCAACCUGGACAACCGGGGCAUCCUGGAACACCUGGAACGCCCGGAAUACCUGGAAUACCUGGCACUGCGCCACAACCUGGAUAUCCUGGGCAACCUGGAUCACCUGGAAAACCGGGACAACCAGGGCAUCCUGGAACACCUGGAACGCCAGGAAUAUCUGGUAUUCCGCCACAACCUGGAUAUCCAGGGCAACCUGGACAACCGGGGCAUCCUGGAACACCUGGAACGCCCGGAAUACCUGGAAUACCAGGCACUCCGUCACAACCUGGAUAUCCCGGAAAACCAGGACAACCAGGGCAUCCUGCAACACCUGGAACUCCCGGAAUACCUGGAAUAGUUGGACCUCCAACACAACCUGCAUAUCCUGGCCAAUCUGGAGCAUCCGGAAAACCAGGUCAUCCUGGAAAACCUGGAACCCCAGGAAUAUCUGGUAUUCCGCCACAACCUGGAUAUCCUGGGCAACCUGGACAACCGGGGCAUCCUGGGAAACCUGGAUAUCCAGGGCAACCUGGACAACCGGGGCAUCCUGGAACACCUGGAACGCCCGGAAUACCUGGAAUACCUGGCACUGCGCCACAACCUGGAUAUCCUGGACAACUUGGAGCACCUGGAAAACCAGGACAACCAGGACAUCCUGGAACACCUGGAACCCCGGGAAUACCUGGUAUUCCGCCACAACCUGGAUAUCCUGGGCAACCUGGACAACCAGGACAUCCUGGAACACCUGGUACGCCCGGAAUACCUGGAAUACCUGGCACUCCGCCACAACCUGGAUAUCCUGGGCAACCUGGAUCACCUGGAAAACCCGGACAACCCGACACACCUGGAACCCCGGGAAUACCUGGAAUAGCUGGACCUCCAACACAACCUGCAUAUCCUGGCCAACCUGGAACUCCAGGAACGCCUGGAAGACCAGGGCAUCCUGGCACACCGGGAUCCCCCGGAAUAUCUGGAAUACCUGGCACUCCGCCACAACCUGGAUAUCCUGGACAACCUGGAUCACCUGGAAAACCGGGACAACCAGGGCAUCCUGGAACACCUGGAACGCCCGGAAUACCUGGAAUACCUGGCACUCCGUCACAACCUGGAUAUCCUGGACAACCUGGAUCACCUGGAAAACCGGGACAACCAGGGUAUCCUGGAACACCUGGAACCCCGGGAAUACCUGGAAUUCCGCCACAACCUGGAUAUCCUGGGCAAUCUGGACAACCUGGUUAUCCUGGGAAACCUGGAUAUCCAGGGCAACCUGGACAACCGGGGCAUCCUGGAACACCUGGAACGCCCGGAAUACCUGGAAUACCUGGCACUCCGCCACAACCUGGAUAUCCUGGGCAACCUGGAUCACCUGGAAAACCCGGACAACCGGGGCAUCCUGGAACACCUGGAACCCCGGGAAUACCUGGAAUUCCGCCACAACCUGGAUAUCCUGAAAAACCUGGACAACCAGGGCAUCCUGGAACACCUGGAACGCCCGGAAUACCUGGAAUACCUGGCACUCCGUCACAACCUGGAUAUCCUGAAAAACCUGGACAACCAGGGCAUCCUGGAACACCUGGAACGCCCGGAAUAUCUGGAAUACCUGGCACUCCGCCACAACCAGGACAUCCUGGAACACCUGGAACGCCCGGAACACCUGGAAUACCUGGCACUCUGCCACAACCUGGAUAUCCUGGACAACCCGGAUCACCUGGAAAACCAGGACAACCAGGUCAUCCUGGAACACCUGGAACGCCCGGAAAACCUGGAAUAUCUGGCACUCCGCCACAACCUGGAUAUCCUGGACAACAUGGAUCACCUGGAAAACCGGGACAACCAGGGCAUCCUGGAACACCUGGAACCCCGGGAAUACCAGGUAUUCCGCCACAACCUGCAUAUCCUGGGCAACCUGGACAACCAGGACAUCCUGGAACACCUGGAACGCCCGGAAUACCUGGAAUACCUGGCACUCCGCCACAACCUGGAUAUCCUGGGCAACCUGGAUCACCUGGGAAACCUGGACAACCAGGGCAUCCUGGAACGCCUGGAACGCCCGGAAUACCUGGAAUACCUGGCACUCCGCCACAACCUGGAUAUCCUGGGCAACCUGGAUCACCUGGAAAACCAGGACAACCAGGUCAUCCUGGAACACCUGGAACGCCCGGAAAACCUGGAAUAUCUGGCACUCCGCCACAACCUGGAUAUCCUGGACAACAUGGAUCACCUGGAAAACCGGGACAACCAGGGCAUCCUGGAACACCUGGAACCCCGGGAAUACCAGGUAUUCCGCCACAACCUGCAUAUCCUGGGCAACCUGGACAACCAGGACAUCCUGGAACACCUGGAACGCCCGGAAUACCUGGAAUACCUGGCACUCCGCCACAACCUGGAUAUCCUGGGCAACCUGGAUCACCUGGAAAACCGGGACAACCAGGGCAUCCUGGAACGCCUGGAACGCCCGGAAUACCUGGAAUACCUGGCACUCCGCCACAACCUGGAUAUCCUGGGCAACCUGGAUCACCUGGAAAACCAGGACAACCAGGUCAUCCUGGAACACCUGGAACCGCAGGAUCACCUGGUAUUCCGCCACAACCUGGAUAUCCUGGGCAACCUGGACAACCAGGAAAACCAGGACAACCAGGGCAUCCUGGAACACCUGGAACGCCCGGACUACCUGGAAUACCUGGCACUCCGCCAGAACCUGGAUAUCCUGGGCAACCUGGACAACCAGGGCAUCCUGGAACACCUGGAACGCCCGGAAUACCUGAAAUACCUGGCACUCCGCCGCAAGCUGGAUAUCCUGGGCAACCUGGAUCACCUGGAAAACCAGGACAACCAGGGCAUCCUGGAACACCUGGAACGCCCGGAAUACCUGGAAUACCUGGCACUCUCCCACAACCUGGAUAUCCUGGGCAACCUGGAUCACCUGGAAAACCAGGACAACCAGGGUAUCCUGGAACAUCUGGAACGCCCGGAAUAUCUGGAACUCCGACACAACCUGGAUAUCCUGGGCAACCUGCAUCUCCCGGAACACCAGGACAACCAGGGCAUCCUGGAACACCUGAAAUACCUGAAACUCCACCACAACCUGGGUAUCCUAGUCAACCAGAACAUCCUGGCCAACCUGGAACACCAGGAAUACCAGGACAACCUGGAUAUCCUGGAAUCCCAGGUACACCUGGUAUACCUGGAACUCCACCACAACCUGGGUAUCCUAGUCAACCUGGAUAUCCUGGCCAACCUGGAACACCAGGAAAACCAGGACAACCUGGAUAUCCUGGAAUCCCAGGUACACCUGGUAUACCUGGAACUCCACCACAACCUGGGUAUCCUAGUCAACCUGGAUAUCCUGGCCAACCUGGAAUACCAGGAAAACCAGGACAACCUGGAUAUCCUGGGAUCCCAGGUACACCUGGUAUACCUGGAACUCCACCACAAUCUGGGUAUCCUAGUCAACCUGGAUAUCCUGGCCAACCUGGAACACCAGGAAAACCAGGACAACCUGGUUAUCCUGGAAUCCCAGGUACACAUGGUAUACCUGGAACUCCACCACAAUCUGGGUAUCCUAGUCAACCUGGAUAUCCUGGCCAACCUGCAACACCAGAAAAACCAGGACAACCUGGUUAUCCUGGAAUCCCAGGUACACCCGGUAUACCUGGAACUCCACCACAACCUGGGUAUCCUAGUCAACCUGGAUAUCCUGGCCAACCUGGAACACCAGGAAAACCAGGACAACCUGGAUAUCCUGGAAUCCCAGGUACACCUGGUAUACCUGGAACUCCACCACAAUCUGGGUAUCCUAGUCAACCUGGAUAUCCUGGCCAACCUGGAACACCAGGAAAACCAGGACAACCUGGAUAUCCUGGAAUCCCAGGUACACCUGGUAUACCUGGAACUCAACCACAACCUGGGUAUCCUAAUCGACCUGGAUAUCCAGGAAUACCAGGACAAUCAGGAUAUCCGGGAACAUCGGGACAACCAGGAUAUCCAGGAACACCGGGACAACCAGGAUAUCCUGAAAUUCCACCAAAACCUGGAUAUCCUAGCCAAUCUGGAACACCCGGACAAGCAGGACAACCGGAAACUUCUAGACCGCCAGGAAUUCCACCCUAUCCACCUCAUCCUGAAUAUCCUAGUACAACAAGCAGGCCUGGUAUUCCAGGCUCAUCCGGAUAUCCCGGUACACCAGGAAUUCCUGGUAUUCCUGGAAAACCUGGUAUUCCUGGAAAACCUGGUAAACCUAAUAGACCUGGUUUUCCUAUGCCAUCUCAUCCCAGCAUUCCUGGGACGACACCUGGUACGCAAUCACACAUUCCUGGAUAUCCCGGAAUUCCCGGUUUUCCAGAUACCCCAGGUAAACCUGAUAAACCUGGUAAACCAAGCAAACCGGGUCAUCAUGGUUAUCCUGGUUCUUCGAAGCCAGGUCAGCCCGAAUAUCCGCCAUAUCCAGGAUAUCCUGUCGCACCUGGAGGUCCAUCUGGUGACAUAGGUCCUAAUGGUCCCAACGGUCCAUGGCCUAAUGGUUCAGACGGUCCUCAAGGUCCAGGCGGACCCGAAGGUCCAGGUGGUCCCGAAGGUCCAGGUGGUCCCGGAGGCCCAGUUGGAGGAGUAGGAGGAAUAGGUGGUGAUGGUCCCCCUGGUCCUGAUGGUCCAUGGCCGACAGGAUCCCCUGGUCCGGAUGGACCAUGGCCUGGUGAUCCGGAUUACGUUCCUGGUGUUGCUCCAACGACACGGCCUCGAUAUGAAGGACCAAUCAAAGUUCAAUAUCCCAUUAAAUACUAUGAACCUACAACGCCAACGACUGUCGAUAACCAUCCAUUUUUUGGUCAAAAGCAACUAGACCGAUUAUCCUCUAAGUAUAAUUCAGAAUAUAUUAAUAACCACACUCUUGACGAAAAUUACGAAAAAAGUGUUGAGUCCACAGUAUUAGCAUAUCCAACAAAAAUAAGCAGUCCCCUGGGUUUAAAGGAUGCUCAAUUCAGAAAAAACCAAUCAAGGACGCGUGGUUAUCAGUCAGGACAAGUGAAUCAAAAUGCAGAUGAAAUUAAUUCUUUGAUGUACACGCGAAGAAAAGAAUCACGUAAAUAUAAGGAAGAGGAAGAGCAAAGUAAAUAUGAGGAUAUUCAGAAAGUGAUAUCGCAAACUUCUCGGACCUCUACUGGCGUUAAAUACCCUAGUCGAGGAAGAUUACAAGGUUCCCGCGAAAAUCGUAAAUAUCCCCAAGAAGUCACUAAAAUAAGUGAACCGGUUAUUCAAAUAGAGACAGACCGCAGACAACAGGCCAAUGUAAAGUAUCAACCACCAAAUGGAAAUCAUAUCGUGUUCGCGAAACAGGUAAACCAAUUGUCCGAGCAAUCUAUCGAAUCAAAGCCCGAGCUCGCCGCGAUCGGCGUUCAUCCACCGAACACGAUCAACAUCAAGCCCUACCAGCAAUCUAUAGGGCCAGAUCCGCAAACCUGUCCCUGCUAUCUUGUCGAGCCGAGCAAUAAUACAGCAACCAUCACGAGCACGACAUCCAUUCCCCUGAUUGGCCAGCUUGGCUUCAUUCCCGUGGUGUUCGUACCGUACUGUCCAGGCGACGAUGUGACGGACAGCACCCAAAACAUGAAAGACAUGUUCCCCUCCGCAAUGCCUGUUCCAUAUGCAUGCGACGCAUGCGAUUCUCAAAACAGGAGAGUCGAGACGAAGCUUGUCAGCCUAAAUCAGCUUGGCAAUAUAGAGAAUCUUCGCGAGGCAUUGCGACAAGCGAAACUUGGCUUUUUAAAUGUUUCAGCACGCGGUCAAAUCGAAAGGAGAAGAGCAAAGUUACGGAACGUCAAAUGAAGAGUGCGAUUGCAACCUACAGAUUGUAAAUCGUUACUCGAAAGGAGCCACGCGUUCGCGUAGAAACGAUUCGUAAAACGAUCAAACGGUACCCGUCCAUUAGCUGCUGGACAGCUGACGGAUGGCCAAAAGGAGACACAAACGCCAAUAAAGGAUCAUCGUCUCGCAGAAGAUAAUCAUGAUCUGUGCGUUCUUAAAAAAUCAGGUAAAAAAUAAUAAGUUGUGAAUGUUAUAAACGAUUUGCGAUAAGUCUUAAAAGAAUUCUAACGAUAGUUUUAAGUUCUAGAUUGUAAGAAAUUGAUCGAAUAUCAUUCUCUCUUAUUGAUUGAAUUUUGACAAUCUAUAUAUAAUAAUAAUGGAUGCAAUUUUCUUAGGAUUUAGAACUCAGGGAUUUGAAACUUAUUAUAGUAACAGUUUUUUUUACGCUCAGUUCAGAACGCUCGAUUGUGAUUAUCCAAAGAUAAUGUGCCGAUUAGAGCGUGACUGUUUUUUACUUUUCUCUGCUUUAACUUCGAUAUUAACUUAUUUGGUAAUUGGUAAAACGUUGAAUGUUGGACGUUUCUGUUUUUCAUAAUUCUGGUUUUUGUAAGCACUAAAUUAUUAAUAAUAUUCUAUAUUGAAUUAAGAUUUAUGUUUCAUGUUAGCAAAAAUGAAUACGACAAUCAUAAUAAUCUUAAAGUUAAUGCAAGGAAAAGUAUUAGUAUCAUUUUAUACAUUUUUUGUCAUGGGAACAUUUAUACAAAAUUUGUAUCAUGUUGAAUUUAAAUGUUUUCGUAAAUCUUUUUUUUUUUAGUAGCUAUAAUAAUGCAAAAAGAAUAUAUAUAUAUAUAUUUAGUUUAUUUUUUAAUUAUUAUAUUGCUUAGUAUUUAAUUUCAAGAAUACCAUUUCGUUUCCCUCGAUGUUGAGAGCAUUAUGUAAAAAUUGAUAUAAAUUAUAUAAUUAUAAAAAUUUUUUUUUAGAUUCAAAAUUAUACGAACGUCGUGAGAAAUGAAAUCAUCCAUUGCGCUCUCAUGCUUAAUGUACGCUUGAGAUUAAAUAUUGAUUAUACAAGUGCUAAUACGUUCUAUUGAGCACGUACAGAAUAAUAAUUGGAGAAAUUUCAAACACAUUUUCCAAAUUAUAGGAAUACUUUAUAAAAUUUGAAUUAAUAUUUAACUGUACAUGCUCGAUAUUUUAAGGAAAUAAUUAUAUUUGUACAUUGGAUAUAAGAUACGUAAUAUGUAUCUUUUUCUGUAGCAUAAAGAACGACGAAAUUUUUAAUAAAUUAUAUAUAAUUGUA